UCCUCGUCGCACGCCACUCCGCACAUAUAAAUACACCUCGCGCACCAUCCCUCCAUCCUCCCAUCGCAUACAAAGUCAGCUCAGAACCAAUCCAGCCGGAACGCCGACGACCAACGAUGGAUGUCGCCGUGGCGAAGCAACUCAGGCGGAUCCGCACGCUGGGACGCGGCGCGUCCGGCGCCGUCGUGUGGCUUGCGUCCGACGAAGCCUCCGGAGAGCUCCUGGCCGUCAAGUCCGCCGGCGCCGGUGGCGCGGCGCAGCUGGAGCGCGAGGGCAGCGUGCUCACCGGGCUCUGCUCGCCGCACAUCAUCCCCUGCCUCGGCUCCCGCGCCGCGGAGUGCGGCGAGUACCAGCUCUUCCUCGAGUUCGCGCCCGGCGGCUCGCUCGCGGAUGAGGCCGCCAGGAGCGGGGGCUGCCUCCCGGAGCCCGCCAUCCGGGCGUACGCAGGGGACGUGGCCAGGGGGCUGGAGUACCUCCAUGCGAGGUCGCUGGUCCACGGGGACGUGAAGGCACGGAACGUGGUGAUCGGCGGCGACGGCCGCGCCAGGCUGACGGACUUCGGCUGCGCGAGGGCCGUGGACUCCCUGCUCCCGAUGGGCGGCACGCCCGCGUUCAUGGCGCCCGAGGUCGCGCGCGUCGAGGAGCAGGGGCCGGCGUCCGACGUGUGGGCGCUCGGCUGCACCGUCGUCGAGAUGGCCACUGGCCGCGCGCCAUGGAGCGACAUGAACGAUCUGCUCGCGGCCGUGCACCGGAUCGGGUACACGGCCGCCGUGCCGGAGGUGCCGGGGUGGCUCUCGGCGGAGGCCAAGGACUUCUUGGACGGAUGCUUCAGGAGACAGCCCAGCGACCGGUCCACGGCAGCGCAGCUCUUGGAUCACCCAUUCGUUGCUUCCGCCGCUGCCGCCGGCGACUAUAAGGCUGCGCCGGUGAAGCAACAAUACACGUCUCCCAAGAGCACACUGCAGGACGCACUCUGGGACUCGGACACCGACGACGAGGCGGACGAGAUGUCGGCGACGCCGGCCGAGAGGAUCGGGGCAUUGGCCUGCGGCAACUCGGCCCUGCCGGACUGGGACUCGGACGACGGCUGGAUCGACGUGUGCGACGAGGUCCACAGAGUCCCCGACUCGCCGCCGGCCGACGCGGGUUACGACCUCGUUUGGCCCGAAGAAUCUGACGCAGAGCGCGAGCCGUUCGCGGUUGCUGCUGACGACAGCAACGACAUCCCGCGCAAUGCAGUGGUGACCGACUCCUCCAUUUGGCAGGACAGUUACGUGCGCCCUGUGCAUUUAGGCAGCUGUAGAAAUCAAUUUCACCCGUUUCAGUCUGACGGGGAUGAAAACUUGAGAUUUGAUCGUCGUUGUAACAAAGACAGAGUAAUGGAAUUCAUUUUUUUGCUCAAAAUCUCAAAGUCUGCGACCAGCCAUCUCUCUGCUACAUUCCUCGUGUGCGUAUGCUUUUCGUUACAGAUCCGAGCAUGCUCUUUUUUUUUGCGGGUGACAGAUCCGAGCAUGUGA